CAGGUUUUCAACUUCCAAAUUAACGAAUGUAGCAAGCUCUAGCUUCAAGUCAUCCGCCAUGGCCAUUUUAAAGGCUUUAAUUGCUUUUAUUCUCAUUUCCAUUCUCGUUUUCCAUCUCGUUGAAGCUGAUCAAAUGGUGAACACAGCAGAUACAACAAAGGGUUCUCCCAGUAAAAAAAUAGAUUGUGGAGCAGCAUGUAGUGCAAGGUGUCAGUUAUCGUCUAGGCCAAACCUGUGCAAGAGGGCUUGUGGGACUUGCUGUGCUCGCUGCAGCUGUGUCCCUCCAGGCACUUCCGGCAACCGUGAUGUAUGCCCCUGCUACGCCACCAUGACCACCCGUGGUGGCCAACUCAAGUGCCCUUGAAAAAUUAUAUAUCACAUCAGCCUUGCUAAUUUUUUUUUUUUUUUUUUUAGAGAUAAUUACAACAUGCUGCUAAUCCCGCAGUUCGAACCCUUUCUCCCCUAGACCCCCCAAGCACUUUGGCAUCAGCCUUGCUAAUUGGUUGUGUUGGUAUUUGAAAAUAAAGUUGUGUACUAAUAUAGAUGCAUAUAUCACUUUGUAAACAAGCUAUUAAAAGAAUGGUUGAAUUUUUAUUUA